AAAUGCUCAAGAUCAGGAUAAGCAAAAGAGAAAUUUUACUAGUAGUUUUCAUGUACGUGGUCUCUUACUUUUAGGAAAGAACAUAAAUUACAAGCAUCUGAAAAUAAAGCACUUUGAAUGUGCUAAAGAGGUUGAAAUAGGAUACCCCCAAGAAAUUAUUAAAUAUUUUAUCAGAGGAAGAAAUUUAAAAAUUCUCUUAAAUGAUGGCACAGUUCUGUUUUAUAAUUCCUGUGACAGAAUGAUCAAAUCUAAUAAUGGAAGUGUGAUGAUUAUGAUGAGUUACAUUGUGCAACAGAUAUGAUAAAAGUAUGCCAUGUGGUGUUUUCUAGUAUCAGUUGGUCAUACACACGCAAGAUUGUUAUCUUGUCUGGUAUGCUUGAGAUGAUUUAAUUAUGGUAGAUAUGUUAAAUUAAGAUAACGGAGCUUUGUAGAAAAAGCCGUAUGAUUUUGAAUAUCAUGUUUCAGCUUCUAUUGAUCAGUGUACAUGUAUAUAAUUUAUGGAUACCCUAUCACCAUAGCAGUAUUGAUCCAGCUUGAAGUGAGGAAAGAUAGUCUGGUAUAUGAGUUGUGUAUUACCUGACCAUUUGUGUGAACUGUUAGGUAUGUACAGUGGUUAUCAUUAUUCAUGUUAGGAUUUUAUAUUGUGUGCAGAUUGUGUUAAAUAACAAGUGGCUGAUUAUGGGAAGAAGAGAAAUUUGUUUCUGCCUAGUCUUUCUGUGUCUGAUUAUGUGAAAACUUUGUUUCAGUAGGUUAAUAUUUUGUGUGUACAGAAGAUGGUGAUACUGUAACCAAGUAAUGGUUAGUUAGUGGAAUACUUCAGAAAUGGGAAAUGGCUAAGAAGGGUGAAAUAUGCAUAUUUGGAAGUUAUUAAUUGGAUGCCCGUGUUAAUGUAUGGAACAGAAGAAACUUGGACCUUUAUCAAGGCAGAUAUGAGACCUUUGAAAAGUAUAGAAGGAAAAACCAAAAGAAGUAGAAUAAGAAAUGAACAAUUUGUAGAGAAUUUAAAGUUAAACACCUUGGAAGACAAACUGCCAAAUAACAGAAUGAGAUAGUUUCAACAUAUUUUAAAAAUGAAUGCGUGGAUAAUUUAUGAGAAGGUUUUGAGCAGUAAAAUGAGGAUGGCUGAGACCAAGACAGCAGUAUUUUUAGAAAGAUGUGAUACUGAGGGAAGGGAGAAUGCAGGAAGAAACUAAAGAGGAUGAGGAAGAGGAACUGUGGGAUGACAAAGAGAUGGAUGGAGAGGCUGUUAUUCAGACGACUCACGUAAAGUGUUAGGAGGAACAAGAUCAUUUUCGGUUUUAAAUUAAAAUCAAAGUAUGUGAAUUGUUUAAUGUAAUGUCACUAGAACGUUCUGUUUUAAUUGUUUGCUGUAGUCAACAUCUUGUGCAGCCAUGCAUAAUCAGUUUUCUCAUAAACAUCAAGGAGUUUUUCAGUUCUAAAAAUGUGAACUAUUGAGAGUGUUAAACAAAAUGAAAACAAGGAGUUUUUCAGAAGAACUGUAAGCUUAUUUCUUUGCAUCCCUUCAUCUGAAUAUGGUUCUCAGUACUUCCUUCAUAACUGUUUUCUGCUCUUUCCAGAGUGGCAGCUGUCAUUGUGAUAUUAAAAGUGUGUCCAUUAUGAUAAGCCACAGUGAAACUGCAGGUUGUAAAAUAAGAUAAGAUAUUCAUCAUUGUUUCAGUAAUAUUUAUUGCAGUGAAAGAUGAAGCAAAAUGGGAAAGUUGAGGAUAGUAGCAACUUAUCAGUGACAAAAAUAAGAUCAUUGGAUGAAGAUGACCUCAACUCAAACAAAAAGAAUCCACUGGAAACGGAAUUUACUGAACCUAAAGUAGAAAAAAAGAAGGAAGAUGACACUCAGCCAGUAUCAUUUUUGAAACUGUUUCGAUUUGCAACAGUGGGGGAGAGGGUCCUGCUCUUUAUUGGUUUUCUUGGGUCCCUUGCCACUGGUGCAACAGCUCCAUUGAACAUAUGGUUGUUUGGUGACCUUAGUGGAGAAUUUGUGGCAUAUGGUAUGGCUGUUCUGAAUAAUUCAGUUCCUGAUACUGAAGCAUUCUUGGAUGCUAUUGAGCGCUUCUCAGGCCUGAACUCUUUACUUGGACUUGAAAUGCUUUUGGUGACGUACGUGUCAGUCUGGACUUAUAAUUUUGUGGCCAGUAGACAGAUUCUUCGAAUUCGGAACUUAUAUUUCAAGUCUGCUUUGUCACAAGACAUUGGGUGGUAUGAUGUACAGCAAACUGGGGAUUUUGCCAGCAGAAUGUCAGAAGAUUUAACAAAGUUGGAGGAUGGAAUUGGAGAGAAAGUGGUUCAGUUCAUGCACUUCAUGGCAUCAUUUCUGGGCUGCUUGAUAUUGGCUCUCACAAAGGGCUGGCUGCUGUCUCUGGUUUGCCUAUCUUCACUUCCUGUCACCUUGAUAUCUGUUGCAGUAGUCAGUGUGAUAUCAUCAAGACUGGCAAAAAAGGAGUUGACAGCUUAUGGCAUCGCUGGUUCAAUUGCUGAAGAAGUUUUGAGUUCGAUCAGGACUGUAAUAGCCUUCGGAGGGCAAGAUUCUGAGGUGAAGCGGUACCAAGAUAAUCUUGUAUAUGCCAAAAACAUCAAUGUAAGGAGAGGAUUCCUUUCAGGAAUAGGAUUUGGUUGCCUUUGGUUCUUCAUCUAUGCAAGUUACGCACUAGCAUUUUGGUAUGGCAUUGGUCUAGUGUUGGAAGACAAAUAUAAGCCUGAAGACGAAAUCGUGUACACCCCAACAACUAUGGUCACGGUGUUCUUUGGUGUUAUGAUGGCUUCAAUGAACUUUGGGAUGUCAUCCCCAUAUAUUGAGGCAUUUUCUAUAGCCAUGGGAGCUGGAGCAAAAGUAUUCUCAGUAAUUGACCGUGUCUCGCCUAUCAACAGCUGGUCUGAAGAUGGGAAGCGUCCAGAGCAAAUGAACGGCAACAUAUCUUUCAGAGAUGUUCACUUCCAAUAUCCAACCAGGGCAGAUGUUAAGGUUCUUCAGGGUUUGAACUUGGACAUAAAUCGUGGUGAGAAAGUGGCUUUGGUGGGAAGCUCUGGCUGUGGAAAAUCAACCUGUAUCCAGCUCAUCCAGAGGUUUUAUGAUCCAGCACAAGGAACAGUUAUAGUGGAUGGUAACAGUGUAAAAGAACUGAAUGUUUCAUGGUUGAGAAAGCAUAUUGGUGUUGUGGGUCAAGAGCCAAUUCUUUUUAAUACCACCAUUGCUGAGAACAUUGGUUUUGGAACUGAUGGAGCAACUGAGAGUGAUAUACAAGAUGCUGCUAAGGAAGCAAAUGCUCAUGAUUUUAUAUCAAAACUACCACAGGGCUACAACACUCUUGUUGGAGAAAGAGGCGCGCAGUUGUCAGGUGGGCAGAAACAGAGAAUUGCCAUUGCUCGUGCUUUGGUACGAAAACCAGUUAUUUUGCUUCUUGAUGAAGCAACAUCAGCCCUUGAUACAAGAAGUGAAUCAAAAGUCCAAAAGGCUCUGGAUAAGGUAAGCAGAGGUCGCACAACUGUUAUCGUUGCUCAUCGCCUCUCAACAAUUAGGACAGCGGACACAAUUGUGGUCAUUUCUAAUGGUAAGGUUGUGGAGAAAGGAACACACACGGACCUCAUGGCCCUGAAAGGACAUUACCACGCACUGGUGACAGCCCAGCACCUAAAUACAGUUGAUGAAAUGGAAAAUGGUCAUGAGGGAUCUGAAGAUGAGAGGAAAAAACUUGGCAGACUGAUGAGUACUGGGAGCAAAGCUUCUUCCACUGGAUCUAAUUUUGACACUCAUGAAGAUGAGAGACCACCAGUGAUUGAAGAUGCUGAAGAAGCACCACCUCCACCAGUUUCUAUGUUGAAUAUCCUGAAGAAAAACAAGCCUGAGUGGCCAUUCAUUGUCGUGGGAAGCCUUGGCUCCAUUGUCAUCGGCUUUGCCAUGCCCAUUUUUGGGGUUCUUUUUGGAGAUAUUUUGGGGGUCAUGUCCAAUCCUGUUGACGAAGAAGUGCGUGAUGGAACAAAUGAGUACAGCCUUUAUUUUCUUAUUGCUGGCAUUUGUGUAGGUUUUGCCACCUUUUUACAAAUUUACACAUAUGGAAUAGCUGGUGAGAAGCUGACAAUGCGACUUCGUGGGCAGUUGUUUGAAGCAAUGGUGCGGCAGGAGGUUGCGUGGUUUGAUAAUAAGUCCAACAGCUCUGGUUCUCUCUGCGCUCGUCUGUCGGGGGAUGCAUCAAGUGUUCAGGGUGCCACAGGGCAGCGUGUGGGGAUAGUACUGCAGUCUAUAUCAACAAUUUGCUUGGGAGUAGGAUUUGCCUUGUACUAUGAAUGGCGUCUUGGGCUGGUUACAUUGUGUUUCACCCCUGUCAUUCUAGUGGCACAAUUCUUAUUCUUGAAAACAGCCAGAGGUGAAACAUUUGGCAACCAGAAAGCAUUGGAAAAGUCCACCAAGCUUGCAGUAGAAGCAGUUGGUAAUAUACGUACUGUGGCAGGUCUUGGACGAGAACGAACUUUCCACCAGCAGUACAUGUUGGAGUUACUUCCAGCCCAUAAACUGGCAAAACGCAACACUCAUAUACGGGGACUUAUAUUUGGAUUAGCCCGAAGUAUAAUGUUUUUUGCAUACUCUACAACCAUGUACUAUGGUGGACAACUUGUGGUUGAAGAUGGUAUUACCUUUGACGUUAUUCUGAAAGUGGGACAGGCACUAAUUAUGGGUACAGUGUCAAUAGCCAAUGCCAUGGCAUUUGCUCCAAACUUCCAAAAAGGAAUAGUUGCAGCUUCUCACAUCUUUCAUCUUCUGGACAGGAAACCACAAAUCUUUGAUCCUUUAGGAACACGUGAAGAGAACUGGAGAUCAGAAGGUAAUGUGAGCUACCGUGAUAUAGAAUUCUUCUAUCCAACAAGGCCCAAUGUCUCAGUUCUGCGAGGUUUGAACGUCGAUGUGCUGAGAGGUCAGAGUAUAGCACUGGUUGGACAUAGUGGUUGUGGCAAGUCAACUUGUAUACAGCUCCUCGAAAGGUUCUAUGAUCCUGUCUCUGGCUCUGUGAAUAUUGAUGGGCGUGAUAUAUCGUCAGUUACUUUGCGUUCAUUAAGGUUGCAACUUGGUAUUGUAUCGCAAGAACCAGUGCUGUUUGACAGAACAAUAGCUGAAAAUAUAGCAUAUGGCGACAACAGCCGAACAGUCCCCAUGACAGAAAUUAUUGAGGCUGCCAAGAAAGCCAAUAUACACAACUUUAUUUCUUCCUUGCCACUAGGAUAUAAUACUCGUAUGGGUGAGAAAGGAACGCAGCUGUCUGGAGGACAGAAACAGAGAGUCGCCAUAGCAAGAGCACUGAUCAGAAACCCCAGAGUAUUGCUGCUUGAUGAAGCAACUUCAGCACUUGAUACUGAAAGUGAAAAGAUUGUUCAAGAAGCAUUGGACAAAGCAAAGGAGGGCCGCACUUGUAUCACAAUUGCACAUCGCCUCUCAACUAUACAAGAUGCUGAUGUGAUCUUCGUAAUCAACAGUGGGCAGGUGGCUGAGCUGGGUACACACACAGAACUUCUGGCAAAACAUGGAUUGUACUAUCAACUGUGUAAUAUGCAGAGUGGGCCGAGAUGAAAGAGAUAUGAACAAAGUAGUGCUGAGUGCUAAUCAUGUUCACCAAGACCAAGCCUUUUCACUCGUUUAUAAUUGGUAAUGCCUCGCCUUUUAUGUCAAUGCCAUUCACAUUAUUUGUUUUCAACAUGUUGGUGGUAAUAAUGCAGUCAUUAAUUUGUAAUAAUAAUUACACUAAGAUAUAUUUUAUAAAAUUCCAUAUAAAAAUGUGUUUAAUUUUAAGCUUUCACAGUGACUGAAUUUGAGUGAUAUGGCAUUUUAAUCAAAUGUUUCAGGGACAUUCUCACUUGGCUGUUCACUGAAAAGACUUUAUUACAUUGUCUGGAAAAGUCAUCUCUCUUUCGAGCAGAAAUAGUGUACCAACUAUAUUCUUUUUUGCCACAGUAGAAGGCAGACUCACAGUAUAUAAAAGAGAUGGUAACAGCAUUCAGUUCUGUCCAUGAGUCACUGACUAGUGUUUUGGAAAGGCUAAAAAGCUUAUGAUUUAGUUGAAAGUAAGGAAACUGAAUACACUGCCAAUUUGGGUUGUUAAUAUCAAACUUCUUGGUGACACAGGUGAAAACAUGUACCAAUACUGGUAGAAAAUAUAUGUUUUAUCCACGAAGACAUCACAGCAUUUGCAAAAAGCAUUUUAUCAUAAUACUUUGAAAUAAAAGAAUAUAUAUGGUUUUUUUGGAGAUGGGUGAUGAAUUCUAAUUAAAAAUGUUGUGAUAUGCAAGAAGACUAGAAUAUUCAAGGUUAUGAACUAGAGCAAUCAGUGGGCAGGGCCGAUUAAAAUGAAAAGAAUUGUAUAAUAAAAGGUAGCAAUGAAUGUUGUUGACACAAUGUCAAACCCUAUAAAUGAAACCCAGCAUAAUUUUGUAUGUGAUCAGUAGUAUCUUUAGUGCCUUACCUUCAUUAAUUUUCCAACUAAACCACCUAAAGUGACAGGAACUUUGUGAUUUUCCAAAAUUCCUCAGGCAAGUGCUGUGGUAGUAGUCAUGACAGCCUUAUUCCAAAUUCUCAAUACUCACCAUUCAUUGUCACCUUCCCAUUUUAUUUGAUGCUGUAUAAUCUGUGUAGCUGAGCACCAAUAGUGUACAGAUCUGUACAUGUAAAAACACACAUUUGGAGCAAAGCGCUUCUUGAGAAGCCAGUGGGUCAUUGGCUAGUCAUGAAAUUACCCAUGUUUAUAGAACUUGAAUGUUCAUUACCAUAUGCACAAGAGCCCACAGCUCAUUCCUGUCAUGAGCCAGAUGAAUCUGCUCUACACUCUCAUACCUUGUUUCCCUAAGAUCCAAUUUUAUAUUAUCCUCCUGUCUAUGCUUGUUCGCGAAGGUAAUCUGUAUCCUUGAAGCUUCCCAACCAAAAUCUUUGUGCAUUUCUGAUCUCCCCCAUGCAUGCAACAUAUUACUCCCGUUUCUUCCUUCUUGACUUGUUAAUCCUGAUAUUUGUUUGAAUAUUGCAAAUUAUGAAGUUCCUCAUUAUGCAACUUCCUACGACCAAAUAUUCUUCUUAGCACUUUGUUCUCAAACACCCUGAAUCUGUGCUCCUCUUGUAAUGUGAGAGACAAAGUUUCACAGUCAUACAGAACAACAGGUAAAAUUAUAAUCUGAUGUAUUUUGAUUUUAACAUCUUUGCAUUUUAUAUAUAUAUAUAUAUAUAUAUAUAGAUUAUAACAGUGCCAUAUCUGAAGUUCUGUGUUAGUUCUCUUCAUUAUCUUAUAUUUAUUAUUAUUUAUAAUCUUUUCAUUAGAAAAUCAGCCUGCAUUUAGCCAAGCAUGUGGUAUAUCAAAAGGAAAAACCUGUGAGGGUAUAUAUAGAAGUGAAUUAUGGUAGAAAAAUGAGAAACAGCCAUUGAGUAUCACAAAGACAGUAACAGAACAACUACAGAUGUGUUGGCCUGGAACAGGUGCAUAAAUAAACUUUACUGUAAUGAAACAUAAUCAGUAUAUGAAAUAUUUUGAGGUACAAAAUACAAUAUAUGUAUUGCUGUUAAUUUUGGUAUGGCAUAUGUUCCUUAUAUUGCAGUGUUUUAUUUAUAUGUGUUAAUAUUUUAAAGGAAUUUUAUUUUGUAUAAAGUAUUUAUAAUAUGAAUGUUAAUGUUCCAAAUGUGGCAUAGUUUUGUAGAAAAUUAUGCAUGAUUAUGUGGUACUGGAAGUUGGUGGUGAAUUAUUCUGAAAAAGUUGGAUAGUUUGAAGUUGCAGUUGAUCAAUGUGCUCUUUGUGAUGCUGUUGUAAAUUGUGAUAAUGGGAAAAAGUAUAAAACUACACUGAAUGAAGAACAAAUUCCACAGGCACUUUCACUCCUCAAAGUGCAUCAAAACAUGCAUUUGAAAUUGUGGAUACUUCUGAGUUGUUAUUCAACAAAUCACUUUUUCAUAUUAUUGAAGAGACAAACAGCCAACUGAGAAGAAGACAAUACCACUAAGAAUAUAUGCUGUUUGUCCCUAGCAUGCACUAGAAUGGACACUAUUUGAAAAUGUUUCAAAGUUUCAUGUACUAGUUUUUACUUUUAAAGCAUUGGGUUCACCAGUGUGAAUCUGUAUAGUAUUCUGAAUGUAAUGUCAGAUUUUAAAAAAAAAUUGUAAUCAUAUAUGUAUUGUGGUUGUUUACAUUAAAUUUUGCAUUUCUCUGGUAUACAAUUUAACUGUCACUUAACCCUGCUGGAGAAUGGUUAAAAAUA